AUGGCUGAUUUUGAUCCGGAAGAUGGAAGAUAUACCGGAAUGAAAUUGGAAAAUGCAAAUUUUAUGCUACUGAAAAGCAAUAAAAAAUCAAACGAUUUGCAUUCUUUGCAACAUAGCAAUAAUGAAGCAUUACAAAAUACACACAUUAUGGAAGAAAUCGAUAUCACACAAAAUCAGCAACAGAAUGGACUGUCACAACAAACAUCAUUGGAACAGGCAUUAUGGCAUGAUGCGCAGUUGUCUCAGUAUGAGAUGAAAGAAGAUAUUCUUUCAUCAACAUCAAAUGUAUGCGACAAUCAAAUUGUAAAGCAAAUGCUUACAGAUCUUGUUACAACACAGAAAUGGAAAGCAUCAAGCGAUGAGCAACUAACAAGUUUACUACAAGCGGAAAUGUCAGAAUCACAAAAUAGCUCGGAUGAUGACGAAUUAUUACUAAAAUAA